AUGGCCGACGUCAUCAACGACAUCGAAGCCCAUGUGUCUGCCGUCUCGGCUGAGUAUGCAUCGCCCGACUUCUGCAGCCGUGUUCGCCUCGCCAUAGCCAAUGAGGCCACCCUCGCCCAGGUGCGCCAGUUCAUUGCUGCCGGCUGGCCCGACAAAGAGCACAGCAUCCCGGACAACCUCCACCCACACUUCCACUCCAGGCAGGCCCUCUCCGUCGCCGACGGCUGCCUGUACUUCGGCGACCGGCUAGUCAUACCUGCGUCCCUGCAGUCCGAGGUCUUACGGGCAAUCCACGAGUGUCAUCAGGGCGUCACCAAGUGCCGUGCCCGGGCAGCAGUGUGGUGGCCAGGGCUUAGCAGUCAGAUCGCCGACACAGUCCACAACUGCGAAGUCUGCAGCCGGACACGCCUGGUCCCCGCAGCUCCACUGCACCCUCUGCCACUCCCAGACCGCCCAUGGCAGCGCGUUGCGGCCGACCUCUUCACACUGGAUGGUAUCGACUACCUGAUUACGGUUGACUACUUCUCCCGAUUUGUGGAAGUGGAUCAGCUCCGCACCACAACAUCCGCCGCCAUCAUUGCGGCCCUCAACAUGCACUUUGCGCGGCACGGUUUCCCAGACAGCUUCGUUUCUGACAACGGGCCGCAAUUUGCUAGCUCUGAGUUCGUACUCUUCCUGACCCGUCACGAUAUCGAGCACCGUACCAGCUCACCUCGCUACCCGCAGAGCAAUGGCAUGGUAGAACGCUCGGUGCGCACCAUCAAGGAGCUACUCCGCAAGUCCACCGACCUCCCGGCAGCUCUACUCGCGUAUCGCUCUACCCCGUUGCAAUGUGGUUUCACCCCUGCUCAGUUGUUAAUGGGUCGGCAACUCCGCUCCACAGUGCCAUCACCCGCGGCCCAGCUGGCACCAGCCUGGCCAGACCUGGAUCUGGUUCGCCGUCGAGAGGCUCAGCAGCAGGACCGGCAAGCCUCGGACUUCGACCGCAGACACUGUGUCCGCUUGCCUGGUCGGCUCGCAGCGGGGGACCGGGUCUGGGUUACAGACCUGCGCCAGAAGGGAGUGGUACAGCUGCAGCUCAGUGAGCGAUCUUACAAUGUCAAGACAGCCACCUCCACUGUACGUCACAAUGGGAGGAGCCUCCGGCCACUCCCGCCAAGCACAGCAGAAGUGGAGACACCAGCAGCCCCCAUCGCCCUGCAGCCAGAGGCCACCGGGACACGCGGCAGAGAAUCUCCCGUGGCGAGCUGCGACGGCACACCGGCCACUGCCGAGGCCGGCACCACUGCCGAGGCCGGCACAAGUGCCACCUCCACUACGCGUUCAGGUCGCAAAGCCAUUGCACCUGAGCGGCUUAUCUCGACCAUGUGA